AUGGGGAUCGCGACGCACCGGUUAUCAGCGCAUCGAUUCCAGCAGAUACCUGACCUCCCUCACGAUCCUCACGACUCCCACUCCGUCAUGUCGAAUCCCAACGACAUGACGAUCGACAUUCCUUUGACGGCAACCUUGAGCCGGGGCCAAGAUGGUGCUCGCAAAUGGGGCUCCCACUCCGGCUCAACAGCUCCCAUCAAUCACUCCUCGGACGGACGAGAGAAGGACGCCCUGAGCGGCCCCGGUCGUCGUCGCCGAAACAAUACAGAUAUCAACGACUCCACGGGCAGGCCCUCGGAAGCACCUGAAGAUGGCGCGGUCAACUAUAUGGGUCGCAUCUACCAGGCCAUCUACCAUUUCUCGGUCGUCACUCGUUACAUGAUCUAUGUCAUUCCCUUCGGACUCUUACUGGCGAUUCCGAUUAUCGUCGGUGCUACUGCCGCGCCCGAUGCCAAGAUCGGUGGUGUGCAUCUCUAUUGGUUCUUCACCUGGAUCGAGGUCGUCUGGGUGAGCUUGUGGGCAUGCAAGCUUUUUGCCAAACUGAUUCCCUACAUUUUUCAAUUCCUAUGUGGCAUCGUCAGCGCCGGAACGCGCAAGUAUGCACUUAUUUUGCGGGCACUGGAGACGCCAAUCUCCUUGGUGAUGUGGUGCAUUGUCUCCCUGGUGACUUUCCUGCCGAUCAUGACCUUGAACCCUACGAAGCAAUCCGCCCAAGAUACUGGCGUCACGUCGUGGGAAAAGAGCGUCAAGAAUAUUCUUUUCGCUUUGCUGGUCUGCAGCCUCAUCUUCCUGGGCGAAAAGGCGAUCGUGCAGCUCAUUUCGAUCAGCUACCACCGCAAGCAGUUUGAUGCCAAGAUCAAACAGUCCAAGCGCAAUGUCCACUUGGUUGGGCUGCUCUUCGAGGCGUCCCGCAACAUGUUUCCCAUGUACUGCCCCGAAUUCAAGGACGAAGACGCAAUCAUCUUCGAUUCGCUGCUCGCCUUGAACGGCGGAAAGGGCAGCAAGCGCAGCUCCAUCAUGCCUUUGCGCAUGAUGCAGCAGGUUGGUCACAAUGUGGGGCGUAUCGGCGACAAGGUCACCGCCGCUUUUGGUAAUGUGGCGUCAGAGUUGACAGGAAAGCAAGUGUUCAACCCCACUGCGACUCGCUCCAUUGUCACGGAGGCGUUCGAACGGAAGAAAUCUGCUGCGGCGCUGGCUCGCCGUAUCUGGAUGUCUUUUGUUGUGGAGGGUCGUGAUGCUCUCUAUCUCGAGGACAUUGUGGAGGUGCUUGGCCCUGAUCACGAAGCCGACGCUGAAGAAUGUUUCGCGGCUUUGGAUCAAGAUGGUAACGGCGAUGUCAGCCUGGACGAGAUGAUCUUGACGAUCAGUGAAUUCGGUCGCAUACGCAAGUCCUUGAACCACAGCAUGCACGAUGUCGAUCAAGCCAUCCAUGUUCUUGACAACCUCCUUAUGUCCGUGGCAUUUGUGGUAGCAGUCCUUGUUUUCGUCUCCUUCGUCACUUCCGGCUUCGGGACUGUCAUCGCGGCCGGUGCUACUUCUCUGCUCUCGCUGAGUUUCGUCUUCUCCACGACCGCCCAGGAAGUUCUCGGCUCUUGCAUCUUCUUGUUUGUCAAGCAUCCAUUUGAUAUUGGCGACCGAGUGGACAUUGGGGACAAGUCCUAUAUAGUCGAGCGUAUCUCCCUGCUUUUCAGCGUUUUCCGCAGCGUCAACGACCAUCGCGUGACGCAGGUCCCCAAUAAUAUCUUGAACAAUCUGUGGAUUGACAACUUCACUCGCGCCAAUGCCAUGCAUGAGCAGCUGACUGUGCCGGUGAGCUUCGACACUUCUUUUGCUGAGAUCCAGGCUCUUCGUGAUGAAAUGGGUGUCUUUGUUCGCGAUCCGGCAAACAGCCGUGACUUCCAGGCAGACUUUGAGAUCGAGGUGGUUGGUCUGGGUGCCAUGGACAAGCUGGAACUGCUCGUGGACAUCCGUCACAAGUCGAAUUGGUCGAAUGAGACCGUCCGAGCUGCCCGUCGCUCCAAGUUCAUGUGCGCUCUCGUCUUGGCAAUGCGCAAGGUUCACAUUCGCGCUCCCGGCGAAGCCGCCGCCGCCGAGGAAGAAUCCGACGAUGAUAGUGACGAUGCCAAGGGCAACGGCGCUCCUGGUUCUGAUGAGAAGAAGGAGGCUCAGACCACUGUCGAUGCUGAUAGCAAGUUCGCCGCUGCUGCGGCGGCCAAUGGCAUGGUGACCUUGGAUGCCAACACUACUGGCUUCAGUGCUAACCGCUCCCCUGGCUCCCUCACCCACCGUUUAUCCACCGCGAUCUCGCGAGAGGCUGAAAUCGCAGAACGCCUCAACUCCCGCUCGCCCGCUUUGGCCGCUGUCGAUCCAAGCCGCGACGGCGGCGAGGGGCUAUACCGAUCCACCACCAACGCAUCAAAUCAAUUGACCGUUGAUAACUAUGCAUCUCUCUCCCGGGGCCUCUCGACUGGUCACCGCAAGUCUGGCGUCCGCGCCUCAUACACUGGCGAGGACUCUACGCAUGCUGGGCCCCACGAUACUGCCACCACAUCCCAUGGCGGCGUACCUAUCCUUCAAACACCUGCACCUCCCAGCUCUCGUGGUAGCGCUCGUUACGAACCACCCACUGCCACCUCUCCCGGAGCAUCCUCCAACCAGCCCAAACCCCAGCAACUGGGCUCUUUCACACAACCCUAUUACGGUAAUGAGAACCCAUACGAUUCUGUUCCUUUAAAUUCCAUCACUCCAGACCGGGCCACCGCCUCGUCGAGCCAUUACGAUGGAACGGAGCGGUACGAUCCUAUCUCUCCACCGUCAAUCUACUCGCCAGUGCAGUCGCGGGCGGCUGCGUCCAACUCGAAUACGAGAAAGGACCCGAAUGAUAGAUCGCGAUCGCCUUAUGAGCCAUGA